GACGAAAUACACACUCUAUUGAUAAAAUCAAUGUCUGCAGUCUACACUCUACCCUUAGUCGAUAGUCCUAUUUUAUUUUUCUAAAUUUCAGUGUCGUGUGACGUGUGACGUGUCUCGUACUCUCGUUGUUAGGAUAUAUAUUCAUAUAUAUAUAACGGGAGCAUACACACACACACUUGUAGAAGCAGAUAACCAACAAGCUUGCAGUAGGUCAACAACAAGUGGUGUGCACUGUAGUGUCGUAUUGUACUGCAUUCCAAUUCGUCGCCAUGGAUGAUGCCAAGCGCAUGCUCGAUGAGCUCAUGGGCCGCAGUCGAAACGCAACAGAAACUGAACCUGUCAAAGAGAUAAAGUUCACUGAUUCAGAGGUCUGCAAGUAUUUCCUUGUCGAUGUCUGCCCUCAUGAUCUAUUCACGAAUACCAAAGGCGACCUGGGUGAGUGCUCUGGGCAACACCACACAGAUCUCAGGGAGAAGUACAAGAAGAGCUCUCGAUAUCGUGAGUUGGGGUACGAAGACAUGUACUUGCGCUACUUAACUGCGCUUAUUGUCAAAAUGGACCGUCGGAUUAAAGAGGCUCUGGCGCGUCUUCAGCCGCCCUCAGAGAUCUCCGCAAACAACCUGGCCAUCAUUGCGGAACACGAGCAAAACAUCAAGGAGAGUGAUGACAUGAUUACAGAGUUGCUGGAAACGGCCGAGAGAUUGGGUGAAGAAGGCAAGGUUGAUGAGUCACAGGCACUCAUGGAGAAGGUCGAGGCUGAACGCUCUGAACAGGGCAAGCAGAAGGCUGCCAUUCAACGGAUCCACAACAACCAUUCAAGGGACUUGGAUGUUCGCACCACUGUGUGUGAUGUGUGUGGGGCGAUGCUGAGUGUGGGUGAAUUGGACCAACGCCAAAGCAGUCACAUGCAGGGCAAGAACCAUCUGGGCUACGCUCUCAUCCGUUACAAGAUUGAGGAGUACAAGAAAAUAUGCGACGAAAAGCUGACCAAAGAACGUGACGAACGGUACAGCAAAUCCGGUGCCAACGCAGUGGAUGUAGGGGCCGGUAGUCGCGGUAGAGACAGGGAUAGUCGCAGGUCAUCAGCCUCGCGCAGAGAUGACCGGUACAGUCGAAGUAGGGAUAACGACAGAGAUAGGGACAGGGACAGAGAUCGGGAUGGAUAUAGUAGUCGGCGCCGUGAGUCUGAUAGAGAUGUGUGUAGACGUGAUAGUUACCGAGAUAGGGACCACAGGGGAAGAGAGGGCGACCGCGGUAGGUACUCGCGAGACUCCAGGCGAGAUCGUGACCGAGAUAGUGAUAGAACACGGGAUGAUGAGAAACCAAAGGACAGGGACAGAACAAGAGAGAAGGAGAGUGAUAGAACACGAGACAGGGACCGUGAUAGCGAGAAAAAGUGCGAAGCCCGCCCCAAAGAAAAAUCUAGAUCCAGAUCUAGAUCGAGGACUCGGUCCAAGUCAAGGUAGUGUCGCGUGUUCGUUAAGUCCGAUAUAUAUAUAUAUAUGUACUAUAAGGCAAUAAUCUACAUGCCUGGGGGAUGAGCGUCGCUGCCGGAGUUUGAGAUACACUCGAUGUCAAACUAUGUGGCUCAUAUAGUACUCGUGAGCUGGCACAUUUAGAACGAGCUUUCAACGCAGUGAGAGGUUGUUUGGAAUGCGCUAUAUGUGCAUGUCGUGCUAAGCUCGUAUGUUCGCAGCCGAAUAUACCGCCAUAUACACUCGUUCGUCUUUCACUGGUCGUCUACGAUUUGACGGUGAGUAUGACAUCCGCUGCUGGAACUGAUGGUGUAUGUCGGCGAAGCAAGGUAGAUGAUGCUUGUUUGUGGACGGAUGCUCGUUUGAAAGUAAAAUAUCGUUGGUACACUUUACGCACAUAUUAAAGUACAUGUCUAAGUGG